AUGCAUUCUUUUUGGAGACCAGAUAUAAAAUUUCCUAUUACCAAGUCACUUACAGUACAUAAGGCAUAUUUAGCUUAUAUGGAUCACAUCACUUGGAUAGUAUUAUCCAAAAGCAACCUUCAAGUUAUUCUUAAUGAUGCUACUCAAUUUUACCAUGCAAAUGAUUCACAAGUAAAUGGUUCCAAAUUACAGGUUAUUGCUGUUAACUUCAAAGAAAAAAAAAUAAAUCCCAUAUAUAUAGGACAAGAUAGGGAUGAGGUGCAUGCAACCUCUAAACAUGAAUUUGUACAAUUUCUUGAAGUAUGGUUUAGAGAAAAAAGUCAUAAAAAGAAUACAGUUGAAUUAGUACAAAGGGAAAUUGAUCGAAUUACUAGGAUUAUUCGAUAUAAAAGUAUGACAAAUAAACAAGUUCAUUAUAUAAUAAGUCAAAUUUUACUUUCUAGAAUUGAAUAUAGAAUGAUAAAUAGUCACAUAAAUUUAUCUAUUUGUAAAAGAUUAAUAGCAAAAUACUCACAAAUUUUCAAAAAUUCAAUUCAAGUUACUUAUACCAUCUCCAACAGUGCAAUUCGUUACUCAGGAAUAUACAAUCUUAAGAGUAUUUCAGAACUACAAAAUGAAUUACAAAUUAAUGGACUUAUUCAUAGACUUAAUGAUACUGGUUCUGUGGAUACUUCAACAUUUAUUCACCUCAAAGAUCUUCAACUUGCAAAUUGGGAAUCAACAAAUAUAUUAACAAAUAACAAUCUUUUUGAUCAGAUUUUAAAUACAGUACAUUCUCUUGAAAUUAAUUUUCAAAGUCCUUGUAUACAAGAAUUAUUUCAAUGA